UGCAUUGUCUGCUGGUUGUAAGAAUUGAAGCAGAUCCUAAGGCGUGAAUGCUCGGUUCCUAUGUCUCUGCUCUUGAAGUCUCCAAUAUUCGUUUUCUCUCAAACCCCUCGCAAAAAAGCUUCAAAAAUGGCUCUGAAAAGCCAUGCGACCUCCAUCGCCUCUUCUUCUUCUUCUAGCGGGGAGAAGAGAAAGCUUCCUGUCCUGCUCUUUGAUAUCAUGGACACCAUAGUUCGCGAUCCAUUCUAUUAUGAUGUCCCCGCCUUCUUCAGGAUUGUUGAAUCGUUGGAUUGCUGAGCGUGGGGUAUCAAUUGGAGAGGAGGGCUCCAUCCUACUUGAAGGAGUGUGUAAACUGGUUGCUCCGCCCGGUUAAGGGAGCGGUAUAGUGAAAUCCUUGGGUGGUUUGCGUAAGGCGAGGGCGUAGGCGGGUAUAGCCGAACCUCGUAAAAUCUCGAAUGUCUCUAGAGGAACUAAUAGACUGCAAGCAUCCAAAUGCGUGGAUAGACUUUGAAAAGGGGCUGAUUAAUGAGACAGAGUUUGCUAGGAAAUUCUUUAAAGAUGGAAGAUCUUUCGAUUUGGAAGGGCUAAAAAGUUGUAUGAGAAAAGGGUAUUCCUACAUAGAAGAUGUUGAAGGAUUGCUUGAGGCCUUGAAGCAGAACAAAUAUGAAAUUCAUGCCUUCACAAACUAUCCCAUUUGGUAUGAAAUGAUCGAGGACAAGUUAAAACUGUCAAACUACUUAUCUUGGACAUUUUGUUCAUGUAAAUUCGGAAAGCGGAAGCCUGAGGCAGACUUUUACUUGGAGGUUUUGAGACAUCUUAAAGUAGAGCCAGCAAGCUGCAUCUUCAUUGAUGACAGGAUAAAAAAUGUUGAGGUGGCAGUCGAUGUUGGUAUCAUUGGUCUACAUUUCAAAAAUGCAUACUCUCUGUGUCAAGAUCUGUCUCUAUUGGGGAUUGACAUUUCGUCAAAUGAGAGCAAUGUAAAGCAGGAUCUGGAUAAGACCGCCAAAGAGUACUUGCCUUGAUUCUCCAAGUUCCAUAAGUCCUAAUUUCUUAUGUUUUAUCAUUUGUUUCUUCAAUCAGUGCGUCAUUUUAGUUAUUGUUAUUUAUUUAUUCUUAGUGUCUCACCUUGUCAAACACAAAUAUUUGGGUUUUAGUCUUGAGAAUGGCCACUCUGUUCAAUAUUUGGAUUAUAUUUAGAUCCUUCUUCUCAAGUUCCUGCUUAGUACUUUCAGAUGUUGCUAGUAAUCCAUUUCUUGAAUCUGUGCAACGCUUCAAAUUCUGAGGAUAGCAGAUAAUAUAUUUUGUGAAGCCUCUAAAUGACAAUUGACAUCAUUCAUCCAAA